GCGGCGGCUGGCGGCGGCUGGCGGCGGGGCGGGGCCUGGGCUGUCAGCCGGCCUAGGAGGAGGAAGGAGCCUGCAGCGUGCAGUGUGAGGGGCGGGACCCGGCUGCCGGCGGUUGGUCUAGCUGGGGGAGGUCGGGCCAUGCUGGUGGGCCAGGGCGCGGGGCCGUUGGGGCCCGCGGUGGUCACCGCCGCGGUGGUGCUGCUGCUGAGCGGCGUGGGGCCGGCGCACGGCUCGGAGGACAUCGUGGUGGGCUGCGGUGGCUUCGUCAAGUCGGACGUGGAGGUCAACUGCUCGCUCAUCGAGAUAAAGCUGUACACCAAGCAUGGGACUUUGAAAUACCAGACAGACUGUGCCCCUAAUAAUGGUUACUUUAUGAUCCCUUUGUAUGAUAAGGGGGAUUUCAUUCUGAAGAUUGAGCCUUCCCUGGGGUGGAGUUUUGAGCCGACGACUGUGGAACUCCAUGUGGAUGGAGUCAGUGACAUCUGCACAAAGGGCGGAAACAUCAACUUUGUCUUCACUGGGUUCUCUGUGAAUGGCAAGGUCCUCAGCAAAGGGCAGCCCCUGGGUCCUGCGGGAGUUCAGGUGUCUCUGAGAAACACUGGGACCGAAGCAAAGAUCCAGUCCACAGUUACACAGCCUGGCGGAAAGUUUGCAUUUUUUAAAGUUCUGCCUGGAGAUUAUGAAAUCCUCGCAACUCAUCCAACCUGGGCGUUGAAAGAGGCAAGCACCACAGUGCGUGUAACCAACUCCAAUGCCAAUGCGGCCAGUCCCCUCAUAGUUGCUGGCUACAAUGUGUCUGGCUCUGUCCGAAGUGAUGGGGAGCCCAUGAAAGGGGUGAAGUUUCUUCUCUUUUCUUCUUUAGUAACUAAAGAGGAUGUCCUGGGCUGCAACGUCUCACCAGUGCCUGGGUUCCAGCCCCAAGAUGAGAGUCUGGUGUAUUUGUGCUACACGGUCUCCAGAGAAGAUGGCUCGUUCUCUUUCUAUUCCUUGCCAAGUGGGGGCUACACUGUGAUUCCGUUCUAUCGAGGGGAGAGGAUUACCUUUGAUGUGGCGCCUUCCAGACUUGACUUCACAGUGGAGCAUGACAGCUUGAAAAUCGAGAGUCUUGCUGCUUCACACAGGCUGGCACUAUCUUGGCUCACUGCAACCUCCGCAUCCCGAGUUGAAGCGAUUCUCCUGCCUCAGCCUCCCGAGUAGCUGGGAUUACAGGUGCCUGCCAC